AUGGUCAGUGAGCAAUACCGGAUUUUAGUUGACAUUUUAAGUGUAGCACAUGCCUCACUCACGUUCCCCUGCGGGUCCUCUGGCUUGGAUGAUAAAUAUCAGUCUGUGGGAACUGACAGAAUGGCUGCCAAAGAUCUGGCAAUAGGAAGGAUCUUCUUAUCACAGGCUGUGCUUCGAAUCCUGGGGAAUUUCUGUUUUCUUUACCGUUAUCUCUUCCUUUACUUCACUGGGCUCAGGUUAAGGUCUACAGAGUUGAUUAUCAAGCACCUGACUGUAGUCAACUCUUUAUUCUUAACCCUCUCAAAGAGUUUGGCAGACAAUAGGAGCUUUGGAGUGGAAACCUUCCCUGAAUGUUUUAUGUUUGGGAAUCAUGCCAGUGGCUCCAUGGUUUUCAUUCUUUACAGGCACGAGCAGCAAGUCCAGUACAUACAUAGGACCAAUAUCCCCCCCAGAUUCUUCCCUGAGUCCAGAGCUAUCAAAAUCCUGCUCCUGGUGAGCACUUUUUUUUUAAAAAAAAAUCAUUUUAUACCCCCUUCUUCACCUUUCGUUUAG